ACGUGCAGCUGACUCAGGGAUUUUUCUGCAGAGGCAUUACAAGGAAUCCUGUCGAUUAAUGCACUUGAGCCUGUGUAGGGAUGUGAUUUGAAUGUGACUGAAGGAGUUGGAUUGUUGUUUGAUUUAUUUUGUUUUCAAUACCCGGUACAGUAGGUGGCAGCAAUACACCAAUAGGUAUAGUCUGACAUAACAUUUUAAGAAGAAGUGAGGCGCGACGUCAAUACUGAAACGUCACCAUUGUGUGCCCGGCCAUCGUAUGUCGUCGAUUUAAGCUGAAUUAACUACUUGUGAAUAAUUUGACGAAUAUUCACGUACGGUUGGCUAAUUCUGCUCGAGAGUAACAUAAAAGUAAAGUAAAGACUAGUUGGAACGUCUCUAAGUUAUACAUUGCAAUGGCGUCUCCAGGGGGACAGGGAGGAGGGGCAGUGUCUACAAGAGGAGCAGGAGCUAGGAGGAUGAAAUGGGCUCUGGAGUUGAGCUUGGGCAAUGCUAGGGGUCGUGGAGACAGACAGAGUAACCAGGGAGAUGUGAUGUACCCCAUUGGAUACUCAGACAAACCAGUCCCAGACACCAGCAUCCAGGAAACAGACAAAAACCUGGUGGAAAAGCGUUGUUGGGACGUGGCCCUGGGCCCUCUGAAGCAGAUUCCCAUGAACCUUUUCAUCAUGUACAUGUCUGGGAACACCAUCUCAAUCUUCCCUAUCAUGAUGGUCUGUAUGAUGGCCUGGAGGCCCAUCCAGGCUCUCAUGUCCAUGUCUGCCACAUUCAAGCUGUUGGAGAACUCUAACCAGCAGUGGCUCCAGGGGCUUGUCUAUUCUGUAGGGAACCUGUUGGGCUCGGCAUUGGCUAUCUACAAGUGUCAGUCAAUGGGUCUUCUCCCAACUCACUCCUCUGAUUGGCUCGCUUUCAUAGAACCGCCUCAGAGGAUGGAGAUCAUGGGUGGAGGGAUGGUAUUGUGAAGAGGACAGAAGACGCACACAUACUGAAAUAUGCUGAACUGUUCUGUUAAUACAUUAAAUCUCUUCCAAGUCUUUUCAAUUCUCUGGCUUUUAGGUUUUUGUGGACUCCUCAAGCUUUUUAUUUAUCUACAUUUUGUUUGUCAUUUGAGAUUAUUUGUCACAGGUUAUAAAAUGUUACAGAACACAUUCAACAUCUGAUAAUAGGAAAAUGUAAUGUUUGUAAAACCGUUCAUCAUUCUACUAAAUCCACACGGUCAAUUUAAGGUGUCACCAUAACACAUUUUUCAUUUAUCUUUGUGUCAAAUAAAAUGGUUAACUCGUUAAUUUGUUUGUUAAAUAGAAUGGUGACAGUCAUUAGAAAUGUGUGGAACUAAGUUUACUGGCAAAUGUGGAAAUGUUGUUCUGGAAUAAACACUGCAGUGAAGGAAAGGGAAAGUUGGGCACAUUGGUGAAGGCUAUGAAGAUACAUUUGAAGAGGUAUAUGUAGGUUACUUUUGCAUUGAAUCACAAAGGCAAUUCAUUAGUGUCCUGGCGAAAUCCGGAAUGUUAGUUGUUAGAAAUAUUGUUUCUUAUACAUUUUGUACAUUGCAAAGUCUUAAGUCAUUUGAAAAACAAUUCUCAUGUAUGUACACUUGCAAGUUGGAAGCUACAAAUCGACAACUUUGUAAAUAAAAUGGAUUAAGAAAACAAA